CACAGCCACAGCAGUUGGUUUCGGUCCUUUGAGUGACGGGUAUUCUUUACUUCAUUUUGAGAAUAUUCGCACAUAUUGAGCUGUAAAAACCAUGUCUUCCAAGUUCUAAAGACCUCAUUCUCGUCUUGUGAGGCAUGACUUCGACGUGACACCGAUGGAGAACCCCAAAAGCGGCGACGGUAGUGGCAGCGCCGACCAUGAGGAGGGAAAUAGCUUGGAUGGAUUUGUCGAGAAGCAGCUGGCGCUAUUGGAACUGGAACGAGAAGAGGAGGUCGAACAAAAUGCGAAGCUGCAGGAGAAGUACUCCGUCAAGGAACUCCAGAGCAAAGGUCUCUGCAUCGCCAAGCUAGUCCUUGACUCCGCUCACACCGGCCUGUACGGAAGGACUAUCUGCAAGUUUCGCUCUUGUCACCAUGGAGCACCGCUGCCAUCUCAUGGCUUUUCAAACGGUGACAUUGUUGGUGUGGCGGCUGCAAGUGAUCCAGCCAGGGAGGUCAUUUGCUCUGGCGUUGUUUCUAGCGUUGCAACAGCAAACAUCACACUUGCUUUCGACGAAGGCCGUGACACACUCGAUGGCGAUGACGGUCGCGUUUUCAACUUGCUCAAACUUGCCAAUGACGUCACCUACAGGAGGCUGAAAAGGCACGUGGUCUUACAAAUUUGUUUAAUCUUGAUAACACUUUCACCUCAGGGGAGUACGUCCUGAAGCAAAUUUAGAAUG